GUUUUUUUUUGUGCACGAACUUCAGAUCGCGCUGAGCUGAGGAAGUCGAGUGAUGGCAGGAGCCGGGCGGGUGCGGCGGCCGGGCUAGCGGCGGCGGGGGCGGCGGCGGCGGCGGCCGGCGGUGGCCAGGUACCAGUGGGCGCCGCCGGUAUGCGCCGCAGCCGCAGCGUCUGCAUGAAGGAAGAACAGCAGCAUCAACACCAGGCGUGCCCGCCUCCCGCCUACGGGGGCGCGUCCUACUGCGGCCCCGACUGCCCCGCCCCGCACGGCUGCCGCCACAGCGUGGACGUGUGCGGCGCCACGCCCUCCAGGCCAGCCUAUGGGCGCGGCGUGCCCUCCUGGAGCGACGGACGCGGGCGCGGGGCAGGAUCCUCGCAGAGCGUGUCGGCGACCUGGUGCAGCGGCACCGCCGAGACGGGGUUGGGGCCCCUCGACCCCCUGCUGCCGCCCCUCCCGCCCGACCUGGAGGAGCACCUGCGGACCUGCCGCUGCACAUGCAACCACAUGGGCUACGGGAACUACCGGGCGAGAAGCAACACGCUGCACACCUCGACGCUGCCGCUGCCCAACGGCUCUGUGUCCAAGAGGAACACGGACGGCGGCCUCUUCGGCACUGCGCCGCGGGUGUCGGCUGAUCGUGCCAAAGCCUCGCGCAGCCUUGGGGGCAGCCUACGGCGGGUGUGCAGCAGCGGGGGCGUGUCUUCGGAGCUGGGAGACGGGCACGGCGGCAGCGGCGGCAGCAAGGGCGGUUCUGGCAGCCUGAUAGUGGCCGCGGCGGGCAGCGGGAGUCUGAGGGAGACGGCCGCCUCCACGCCGGCGGCCGCCACGCCCGCCAGCCUCCGGCGAGCCACGGCCAACCACCGCGCGGCCACCGUGGUCACCGCCGAGGGGCCACCGCCGAGGUACCACGUCGCCGAAUACACCUUCGAACGGGAACGCCCGGACUCACCCUUCCCGGAGCAAAAGAAGUCUUCCCGCUGCAAAAAGAUGAGGUGGCAGGCGUACUCGUGGCGCCACUGGUGCGUGCUGGCGGCGCUGCUGCUGCUGAGCGGCGGGGUGGUGCUGGCGGUGGCGCUGCCGCUGGCCGCCCGCCGCGACGCCUACCCCCGCCCACAUGACGCCCUCGCCCGCGUCCACCGUAUCCUCAGCACCGUGCCGCUCAUCGACGGACACAACGACCUGGCGUGGAACAUCCGUAACUUCGUACAUAACAAGCUGGAGAAGGUGGACCUGUCGCAGAACCUGAGCACGGUGGAGCCCUGGGGCGACUCUCCGUGGUCCCAAACCGAUCUGGCCCGCCUCAGACACGGCAGGGUGGGCGCGCAGUUCUGGGCGGCGUACGUGCCAUGCGGGGCGCAGUACCUCAACGCGGCGCAGGUCACGCUGGAGCAGAUCGACGUGCUGAAGAGGCUCAUCGCGCGCUACCCCCAACACCUCGGCUACGCCCACUCACAGGCCAGCCUGCUGGAGGUGUACAACUCCGGCCGCAUCGCCUCGCUGCUCGGCGUGGAGGGCGGACACUUGGUGGGCGCGAGUCUGUCUGUGCUGCGGAUGUACUACGACCUGGGCGUCCGCUACCUCACCCUCACCCACACCUGCAACACGCCAUGGGCCGACUCAUCACCCACUGACUCAGGCGGACACGAGGAGGAGAAUUUUGGAUUGAAUGACUUUGGUGCGAAGGUGGUGCUGGAGAUGAACCGCCUGGGGAUGCUGGUGGACCUCUCCCACGUGUCGCAGCAGACGAUGCGCGACGCCCUGGCUGUGUCCCGCGCUCCCGUCAUCUUUUCCCACUCCUCCGCCCACGCCCUCUGCCGCCACCCCCGCAACGUGCCCGACGACAUCCUCCGACAAGUGCACUUAAACGGCGGGAUCGUGAUGGUCAGUUUCUACAGCUAUUUCCUCACCUGCAACGACUCUGCCAGCGUCCACGAUGUUGUCCGACACAUCACCCACAUACGAGAGGUGGCGGGACUGGACCACGUGGGCGUCGGGGCAGACUUCGACGGCAUCAACAAGACGCCCAUCGGUCUGGAGGACGUCAGUAAGUACCCGAUGCUGCUGGCGGCGGUGCUUCAGGAGCCGGGCUGGACGGACGAGGACGUGGCCAAGCUCGCGGGCGGUAACUUCCUGAGGGUGCUGCGGCGGGCGGAGGAGGUCCGGGACGAGCUACGGUCCACUCAGCCUUACGAGGACCACAUCCACCCUGACCACCUGGCGGGGCGUCGCUCCUGCUGGUUCACGUGACGCCGCCCCGAACUUAGGUCACCCAAAGCUCUCCUGCUGCCUGUCCUUCUCCUUCUGCUGGUAUUCUGCUGCGUCUGCCUUCACUACGCUCACUUUGAGGGACCCGGACGGAAGGAAGACAAGAAGAAGUGAGGGAUUUCGUACCAAGACGCCUUCUGCUGCGCCUACGCCAGGAGGUACUCGACUGCCAUUACUGCGUUCACUCUGAGGGCCCGGACGGAGAGAAGAUAAAAAGUGAUGGCUAUCAUACUAACUCACCUUCUCCUGCGCCUGCGUCAGAAGGUACUCGACUGCCAUUACUGCGUUCGCUCCAAUGCGCUCGGACGAAGGGAAGAGAAGGGAGAACUAUCAUACUACCUACUAACACUUGAGCCUUCUGCUGCGCCUGCGUCAGGAGUGAUAUGCUGUCUCCCUGCGUACAAAUUCCGAAGGGUCCAAACAUCCGUCUUCGCUGUAUGUGGUGGUGAGCGGCCGGGUCAGGAAGUUGGUAUGUGGUGAUGAAGGGGGAGGGGGUGGUGAAGGAGGGGAAAUGGCGGUGAUGAACGAGUGGUGAUGAUACGGAAAAGGUGGUGGAUAAGAGUGUGGUGAUAAGGGCCGAGGAGGUGGUGAUGAACGAGUGAUGGUGAAGGGAUGAUGUUGAUAAGAAAAAGGUGAUGAGUAAGAAUUAAAGGAUGGUGAUGAAGACAAUAACAAAAGAAAAGAGAAAUGAAAAAAAUGGAUGAUGAUGAUGAUGAUGAAGCAGAGGAAAAAGAAAUAGUGAAAGAUGAUGAUAAAUGAAUGGAGAAAAAAACAAGAUAGUGAAGAGAAGAUGGAAGGAGAGGAAAGGAAAGUGAUGGAUUAAUGGAUGGAAAAGACAGUGAGUGAAGAAGAGUUGAUAGUGAAAUGACAGUGAGAGAAAAACAAACAAUAUUCAUGCCAUUCCAAAGUGAGAAAUAGUGGGAAAACAAAGCCUAGAAACACACACACACACACACACACAAACACACACACACACACACACAAACACACACAGAAACAAACAACAUACACAAACACAUACUCAACACAUACACGUUCGCCGUCAGUAUAUGUGUUUUUCUUUUAUUUCUACGUGUGUCAUCGUUCGCUCGCUGCCCGACAAUCCUCCUGUCAAUGGUAUGCACCCGUGUUUGCAGAAUCAGAUCCCGCGUCGCGACAGCUGUGCGGGACCGGAAAACAAUAUUCCUGGACGCGGCCAAAACAAAAGCUGCGCCGGAAAUGUUAGUCUCGAGGAAGAGCAGAAACUACCCGGCAACAGUGACCGCGUUUGCGUGCCCGAUUCU